GCUCCUCCCUCUCCCCCUCCCCCUCCCCCUCCCCCCUCUCCUCCUGCUCGGGGCGCGCGGGCGCGCUGGCGCCAUGACGAACGCGGCGCUCGUGAACUCCGCGCGGGGCCUGCGGCACCUGGUCACGCCGAAGAACGAGGACACGCUCGAGGAGCUCUUCCAGCUCCUAGAGCGCCUGCGCGCCAGGAAGACGCCGCGGCCAGGGCAGCAGCCGCCCCCGCAGCAGGCCGCGGCGCGCAAGGUGCUGACCCUGCCAGAGGGAAUCAUCGACUGGUAUGUGUCCAGGGACGUGGGGAGGCCGCAGUGGUUUGUGGAGUCGGACCAGGACGAGUGGGCGGUAUUGCACCACUUGACCACCCUCCACGACUUGCGAGUGCCCACCUUCCUGCGCGAGGACAUGGACGCGCCGCUGAUGAAGCUUUUCUUCUCGCUGGACGCCAUGGUGAGCGAUGGGCUCGCUCCUGCGGACGAGGCGGGCCGGAGCAGCCUCUGGGGCCCUCUCAAGGAGGGCCUCGUCCGCGCCGUGGUGCAGGCCGCCUCGCAGGUGUCGCUGCGAAUGUUCGGCGACAGGGCGAACCUGGUGGCAG